ACUAAAAGCCCUUGCCCUUUCUUAAACCCUAACCCCCGAGAAGCCCCGCCGCUGCCGCCGCCGCCGCGAUCCACGAUGCCGCCGAAGGGCAAGAGGGGCCGCGGCGAACCGCCGAAGGGCAAGAUGGACCGCAGCGAACCGCCUCGUGGAGAUCAUACCCUCGGGGGAAAGCCUCCCUCUCCCCCUACCAUGGGACUCUAUUUGAGGACGGCAUACGACUCUCUCUCGCCCACACCACCGGCAGCCGAGCAAACGGCAGCCACUCCCGUCAGUACUCCAAGUCCUCCAGCCGCCUGGACGAUGGAGUCUCCUCUAUCUGCGUUGCUGAAGAGCGCAGCGACCAGCUCCCCUGAAGUCAAGGUGUUAUCUGAUGAAGAGUAUUCUGAGAUGUUUCUUCAGUUUUUAAGAUCGCACAUGGAAGCUGGCGAAUCAUUUCCAUUAUACAAGGCAAAUGCGGCAGCAUUAAUUGAAAGAUCGUGCUUUAUAUUGGAGGUUGAUUAUGCACACUUGCUGAAGCCAGGUGUUCCCAAGGCCCUGGCGCUGAGGAUAGGAAACGAUAAGGACAGACAACCUAUCUGGUUAAGGAAUGCUGUAAGGACAUUUUUUGAAGAAGUCUAUGAGUAUGUCAACACAAAGAGAGUGGAGAAGCUAAUUCCUGACAAUAACAAGAUCAAGACAGCACGUGUUGUCUUUCGGGACAAACCAAAGCAGGUUUUCUCGCUUCAGGAUUUAAGUGCCCAUAAGAAACAGUUGGUUCGGAAAAUGAUAUUGAAGAAAAGUCGUCUCAUUUGCCGCGUAGCCUCGCUGUUAGGAAUGGGCGUUUUAGUGCUAAGCAUAUCGUCUUCUUUCUGUAUUCGACACACAUGGAGUGUCGUGUGAUGAUGUCCCCUGCACCUUCCCCUGAGCAAGCAGCUGCAAGAGAUAAGAUCGAUCCUGAUCAUUGUACUUUAGAUGAGUGUGUCCGUGAUUUCUCCAAGAUUGACGAGCUCCUGAUGCCGCUUUUUAAGGAUGAGAAGGGGCAGUUGCCAGUGUACUUUGAUGACCUCAGCAGUGAUCUAAGAACAAAAUCUGUUGUGGCGGCUUUAUGGUCCAAAGAGAACUUCAAUUAUCAUCCUGCAGUCAUGCCGUCGCCAGCGAGAAGAACACUAACUGGAGGUAUACAUUAUUCUGCUCGUGCCUUCAAGUUGUCCACUGAUGGAAGGUACAAAAGGUUGUUAGAGGAAUGUCCGUUUGAUGAAGAUUGGAGGUACACACCAAUGAUCGAGGAUGACCCCAUCAUGAGCGGAGUGUACUGGUUUGAGAAUGCAAAUAAGGACAGAGACCUGGAUGAGUAUGAGAACACAGUGAUCAGUGCUCUUGGAAUGCAAAGGCAAGUCCAUCAUCAUGGAUAUCAGCAGCUAGAGGGCCAGGCUUUAGAUGAUUAUGAUGAGGGCGAACUGUAUACAGCAGUGAAGAUGCCUGGGGUUUUAACAAGAAUCUUUAAGGAACUGUUGAAGCUUAAUGGGAUGGGGGGAAAGCAAGUUGUGUUGAGAUUUUCCCUUUUCUAUUUCUUUUAUCCAGCUCAAUUGUUCAUUUCAUGAUUUCUUGUUAUUGUGGAACAGGUUGGAAGCAGUCCGCGAUGAAUAUUACAGUGCUCGUGCUGUUAGGAGAGGCUGGGUCGAAAGACUUGCUUUUGAAGGACUAAUUCACAUUUGGUCUUCACCUGACCAUGUAGUUGACCUGUUUGGCUGUCUUUCACUUUGAAGAUUGAACCGCUAAAUCGUGUCUUGACUGGUGCACAUUUAGUGUUCAGCAUGUAGUUGAUAAUGGUGAACCAUGAUAUCUUGUAAUGUUGCAGGCAUGCGCACCAGCGACUGAGAUGAAAAACAUGGACGGUCCCUUAUUUGCUGAUCUUAUUUAGUUGCAUUGGGGCACCUUGUCUGCCUGUUUGCCAGGAAGAAGCAGGGUGCGCGCUGCACUGUUGGCAGCAGAAUGGUGUGCGUCAUUUGCAUUGUUCUUUUUUCAUUUGAAGAAUGCUGAUAGGUGAGAUGGAUGCACAUGUUCAGUUUGUAGUCCCUGUACCUGCGAUAUAUAUAUUGUUGUGAUGUGAAACAUUUCUGUCACUGUUUUUAGUUUCUCAACUUCGAUGA